AUGGCCUGUCCGAGUCCCCUUCUAAUCCUUACUUUGUUCUUGUUUAGCCUAAAUCAAGUCUCUUAUGCUGAAACUGAUACACUCAAACCAGGCCAGCAGCUCCAUGACUGGCAGCAACUAGUUUCUGAAGGGGAAGUCUUCAGGUUGGGAUUCUUUAACCCAAAUCCAAAAUCAUCUGUUGAUAUUGGCGUGUCAGGUCCCCGGUACAUAGGAAUAUGGUUCAACAACACACCAUUUUACUCGGUGUGGGUGGCCAACAGAGAAAACCCUGUUCCUGAUUCCUCAGGAACUCUUACAGUUGACACCCAUGGCAAAUUACAGAUCACAUACCAAGAUGGUUCCCCAAUAGUUAUAAAUCCAGGUCAAGCCGUGACGAAAAGGACUUCACGAGGCAACUUCACUGCCACCCUGCUGGAUUCAGGAAACCUUGUUUUGAGACAGGUUUUAUCCUGA